AUGUCCUCCAAAAGUAAAAUCAAACUGAACCGGCGAAAUUUACCUUUUGGCUCGCGAAAUUAUCUAGGAUAUCAUUCUCAAUCAGAUGUGCGAAUUGAGAGAACUGGGAAACUCAGGUUGUCCACUAAUGACCUGGAAAGAAACGCGAAUCUUGGAACACUAACAAAUGAAUCAAAAAGGUGUCUACGAAAUCUAGCCGCGUAUAAACCUCCGAAAGAUGCCUUUCCUCAACCGUGGCUGCCAUUCCCUCGCUCAAGGUGUGCAGCUGUUCUCGUAGCUCUGUUUGUGGGACGCAAAGGCGAUCUGUAUGUCUUGUUGAGCAAGCGCGCUUCUACUCUCCGUUCGUUUGCUGGUGACACUUCGCUACCUGGUGGUAAAAUGGAUCCAGAGGAUAAGACAAUAGAAGAUACCGCUAGAAGAGAAGCUUUUGAAGAAAUAGGUCUCCCUCCGGAUCAAAGCAAAGUGCCGCUACUUUGUGUUUUGGAGCCGUUUUAUGUGGCAAAAGAAUUACUGGUAACUCCAGUCGUUGUUCUUAUCCUGGACAAUACCCUUCAACCUAUUCUCAAUGCGCCGGAAGUAACAGCUCUCUUCUCUCAUCCGCUUGCGUCCUUUCUAUCUUCCACACCACCGGCCAGUAUAAUUCGCUCGGAGCCGGAACUCGUCGAGCUUGGAGACGAUGGUACGGGUUACCGCUACCAUAUCUCACACGAUUGGGAUUGGGAUGGUCCGCCUGUCGUGGUCGACCCUUCGAAAGUCAGGCAUGCGAAAACAAAGCGGACAGAUCGACGAUCUAGUCUCGUCUCUGACUCCAACUCAGUCGAGCCGAUUAUUCAAAGACCAAAAUUCAGGAUGCACCAAUUCCUCACGGGUAGAGAAGCAGGAGGUAUCAAACCAGUGUACGGUCUAACAGCUGCAAUUAUGAUUCACACCGCUAGAGUCGGAUACUCUCCCUCACCGCCUGCGCUAGCCUCUCCGGAUUUUGAAGUAUCACCUCCCGGCAGUCCCAGUACAUCGACCCGUAUUGCCUGGGCGUUCUGUCGCCCAAAUCCACCCGAUCGACCGAACCUCUUGCGGCAGGCGCUAGAGGAGGAGGGUUUGGCCGGGAAAGUAGAUUGGAAAAGGGUGCGUGAGGUCGCAGGGGUAAUCGAAGAAGAUGUUGGACCUAGAAGAGGUUUGAAGAAUUCUAGCUCAGGUUCGCCUUCGUUUGGACAUAUUAUUAGAACACGCAGUAAACUGUAG